AUGACUUCAUCCGGUAAAAACAAAAACAAUGUUACAGGAGAAAUGAGGGCACCGGCAUUAGAGACGUUCCUAGUGAAACAGACAGAACUAAUGCAUCAAAUGAUGCUUCAAAUAAACUAUAUGCCUAAAAUUAACCAGCCGACGGCAACCAUAACCCGCCCAAUGGAAGAAGACAAUUCAUACGUAUUGUCUGAAGAUUCCCGAGGAAAUUCGGACGAAGAACCAGACGGAGAUUGGACAAACGACUUAGAUAAAAUAGCUAAUACAAUCACAAUUGCGGAUGAUAACAUAGAAGAAAAGGAUUCAGAGGACAUACUUUCUUCAAUGGAACUGUUUUACAAGCAAGAAGAAAAAUGCUCAGGGAAAAUAGAAGAUAGACUUGCAAAAAUUGUUAAUGAUAGCAUGAGGACACGCAUCGGAGAAACCAAAAAGAAAGACCUACUGGCAAAACACAUGAAACCACAAAACUGUGAAAAAAUAACAGUCCCUAGAAUUAAUAAGGGCAUCUGGUCCAGCCUACCAAGGAAAGCCAGAGAUCGAGAUUUAAAACUACAACACAUACAAAGUACUAUGUGCAAAACCUUUUAUCCCUUGAUCCAUUUAAUGGACAAACUUCUGAAAGCACAAACGGGGAAACAAGGACUUACACAAACAGAUGUAAGUGACUGUUUUGCUCUAUGUAAUGACACCUUUAAACUUUUACAACUGGGGUUCUCAGAGAUGUCACAACGAAGAAGAUUGUCACUUAGACCAGAGCUGUCUAAUGAGUACAAGGCAUUAUGUGCAUCAGAAAUUCCUAUGACAGAUUAUUUGUUUGGGGAUGACCUGGAAAAACAAAUAAAAGAAAUAACUGAUGCCAAAAAAGUCAGCAGGAAAAUCACAGACAAGCACAAUCAGUCACAACGAUAUUCUCCCAUGUAUUCAAAUAUCAGGAAUUGUUACUCACAGAACAGGCAGAACAGCUAUAAGUAUCCAUCAUACGGACGACAUGCAAUGAACAAUAACAGGAACAAUGCCAACAAGAGUCCUUUUUUAGAGAAGCGCCAGUCCCAAAAAUUUCAACGGAACAAAAAAGACUAGAACAGAACCCUAUAACUCUUGUUGGGGAGAGUCAUUCAAAAGAUAGAGACAAACAGAUGCAAAGCAGUUCUGGUGGCGCCUCUUUGGACAACUCAGCAUUGGUUCACAAAAUUACUCCGAUUACUGGUGG